AUGCCUAUCAGGAUAAAUCUACCUCCGGCAACGCGCGCCUUGCUGAUCAGUCAGUUGGCGCUCUCCUUUUUGUAUAACGUCGCAAGAUGGAGACAACUCGAUGACGGCCCUCCAUCUUCAGGCGCGCAAAGCACCCCGAUUGUUCCAUAUCUCACGCUUGUUCCUUCAAUGUUCUAUUAUUACCCAUGGACUAUCCUCACCGCGACCUUUGUCGAGCAAAACAUCUUCACAGUUCUCAUCAACGGAGCAACCGUGUUCUACGGCGGGAAAUACCUUGAGCGAGCAUGGGGUUCUAAGGAGUUUGGAAAAUUCAUACUGGCUAUUGCUCUCAUUCCCAAUGCUUUGAUGAUUGUGAUUUAUAUUUUCUGGGGCGCUGUUACUGGCAGCAGUGUUCGAGGGUACGCUUUCUGGUUCUCUUCCGAUGAUGAAUGUACAACUUCUUGCACAAUGCCGGCUGACGACCCCAUCAUUCGCAGUCUUACACAAAUCUGCGGCGGCGUUGCCCUGCAGGCUUCCUUUCUCGUCGCAUUCAAACAGCUUGUUCCCGAGCAUACCGUUACGAUCUUGAAGGGCAUCAUAAAAAUGCGGGUCAAGCAUUUCCCUGCUAUCUUUUUGGUGCUCAAUUCUAUCAGCGGUAUCAUUUUUGGCACCGACACGGCGGCUAUACUCGCUUGGCUUGGCUUAUUGACUAGCUGGACAUAUCUUCGAUUCUUCAAAUAUCAGCCCGAUCUUACGGGCACUUCCACCAAUGGUCUUGGUUUCAAGGGCGAUGCUAGUGAGACCUUUACUUUUGCAACUUUUUUUCCCGACGCCAUUCAACCUCCAAUUGCUUUCGUUACCGACCAGAUAUAUGCGUUCCUCGUCGCUGUCAAAGCCAUCACCCCGUUUUCCGCCGAAGAUAUUGCUUCCAGCACAGAGAAUGCAGUGGCUCGUGGCCAGGCCGGUCUGCCUAGUUUGCUGAGCAAUCCUGGAAGCAGUGCAAGAAGUGCAGGAAAACGAGAGGAAGCCGAACGUCGACGAGCACUUGCGCUCCGGGCUCUUGAUCAGCGACUGCAGGCUGCUACUGCCAGCAAGCCUCCCGCUUUGUCCAGUCAGACCGCUGCUCCUUCAAGUACAAAUGCACCGACUGUAGCUGCCGGGCAAAAUAUGCUUGGUGAGACUACAUAUACUCCGGAUAAUUCGUGA